AAUAACAUUCAAUAUAUAGGAAACCAGCAGUGGGAUCACAUUUUUUGAGCAUUUAAAAAAAACGUCCUUAAAAAAUAUGAAUUGAAUAAGGGGCAUUUAUAUUUUGUAAGCUUGCUAAUGUCUUGUCCUUUUAUUGAUCUUCCUCUCUAUAUAAGUCUCAUAACUCUUUUUUCUCAAAACCCCUUUCCCCAUAGAAUCUUCCACUAAACACAUUUCAAGAAAAUAUAUUAAUUUCUCAGUUUCAUAAUGAUGGAGAUGGCUUCAUUUUGGAGUUAUGAAGAGAAUCAUGAGAUGGAGCAACUGGGUGAGAAGCUGAUGUGCACGACUCUCGAACUUGAGAAGCUGAAAUCGGAAGCGGUGGAAGAAAUGAGGAAAAACAAAGACUACAUAAAGCAGUUGAUCCAUCUUCUCAAAUACGCAAUUCAAGAGAGAGACGAAGCCAGAAACCAAUUCCAGAAGCUUCUCAACAACACCAUGCUCCCUUCCCUCCCCCUCUUCCAAUCCAAUCCGGCCAAGGCUAAUUCCAGCGUCACCGAAUCCAACAGCCUGUCGGAAACCUACAGCACGCCGGUCGACUCUCUCUUCGACGCCGUCUCCUCCCCUGACGUUGAUCAGGCGUCGUUGAUCAUAGACGAUCUUGCAAAGGCCACAAUUCUGCCUCAGAGAGGGAACUUCUUGCAGGCUGUUUUGCGGGCCGGCCCGCUUCUUGAGACGCUUCUCGUCGCCGGCCCGCUUCCCACGUGGCGUAAUCCGCCGCAGUUUCAGCCUCUUCACAUACCCCCUUUCUCCAUCAAUGCCGACCACAAGCCUUAUGCUGACUUAUCUUGUGCUUCUGUUCAAGUUCAGGCAUCGCCUAUGCUGAAUUUCGGACAUAUGGUUUCUGCUCCUUGCGGUAAUAGUUAUGCCCCUUUGGCCAAGAGACAGCGCUUCAGUUGAUGUUUCUACUUGUUCCAAUUUUUGUACAAUAGAAGGUGGGAGCUUUGUAAAUGGUGGAAAAUCUAUUCAUUGUUAAUUAGUAUUUGAUUCACUCAUUUUUUGUAUUCUUAUCAAUGCAACUUGUAUCAGUUUCAGUGUGCACUCUGGAGAUUGCUGGUCUUUAUUCUAUACUAUAUGAGUUGGAUAAAA